AUGUCGGAAGCCGAUGCUAAAGCUUUUGAGGAGCUUGCCGAUUUGGAGCAUGAUUUUGGAAAGGCAGAGCUCGAAAUCUUGAAAAAACAAAACGAAGUCUUCAAGCCUUUGUUCGCAAAGCGUCGUGACAUUUUGAAAAACAUCAAGAACUUCUGGGUUAUUGUCUUGGAGGCUGCUGGAGACGAAAUCAGCCAAUAUAUCACGCCCGAUGACAGUGUCUUGCUCGAAAACUUACAGAAUCUCUAUGUUGAACGUCCCGAUGAAAAUGAACCACGCAACUUGCGCAUUACUAUGAGCUUUUUGAAAAAUGACUUUUUGCAGGACGACAGCCUUACGUUGGAAAAGAAUGUUCGCAUUGAAGAAACGAAAGAACUUGAUGAGGAGGGUUUGGAAAAGACAACAACACGUUAUGUGUCCGAACCUGUAAAGAUUAACUGGAAGGCAGGCAAAAGCCUGAACCGGAAGAACAAAAACAGCCCUCCUGGUUUCUUUGACUUCUUCGAGUGGACAGGUGAAGAAGACAGAGAAGAAUUUGACGGCGCAGAGCUUGCCAUUUUCUUGGCAGAGGAUUUGUUCCCCAAUGCUGUGAAAUACUUUACCGAGACAAUGUCGGAGGAACUCGGUGACGAUGAUGAGAGUUCUGUUGAUCUUGAAGAAGACGAAGAGGAGGAAGAUGACGAAGAUGAAGCAUCAGAGAAGCCUCCCGCAAAGAGAAGCAGAAAGAGUGACUAA